AUGGAGAGGGAAAUGGAGGCAGCCGCCGCCGCCGCCGACGCCGCCGUGGAAGUCGACGCCGAAGACGGCGGAGAUAGCGGUGAAGAGGGUACACAAGCGGUGGCGGGAGGCGGAGUCGAAAGUCAUAGAAAAUCGGGUCGAGACAGAGUUAAGGGGCCUUGGUCUCCGGAAGAAGACGCGAUACUUAGUCGGCUAGUGAGUAAGUUCGGCGCGAGGAAUUGGAGCUUGAUAGCCCGAGGAAUCGACGGACGAUCCGGCAAGUCUUGCCGCCUCCGAUGGUGUAAUCAGCUCGACCCCUCCGUUAAGCGCAAGCCCUUUACUGAUGAGGAGGAUCAGAUGAUAAUUGCAGCUCAUGCAUUCCACGGAAACAAAUGGGCUGCAAUUGCGAGGCUUCUACCAGGGAGGACAGAUAACGCCAUAAAAAACCAUUGGAAUUCCACACUAAGGCGCCGGUGCAUGGACCCUGACAAAAUAAAGUUAGAAUCUGGUAAUACGGUUGAAGAUGUGAGCUUAGACAAAACAAAAGCAUCGUCUGAAGAGACCUUCUCAUAUGGGGAUGUCAAUUCAUCUAAAUCUAUGGAAGGAAGAGAAGUCAGUUCUUUAGAGCAUAUGGAUUGUCAAUACGAAGACAAGGGGUCAACGGAGGGUCAGUUUAGUCAUGAAGUCAAGGAACAGCCAACUCUUUGUAGACCAGCGGCAUGCAUCAGUGCUUUUAGUGUGUAUAACCAUUCAGAUAGCCAGGAGACUGGAGUAUCAUUCCCAAGGAUAAUUCCAGUGCAAGGACCUCUGGUUCAAGUAUCAAACCUAGAUGUCAACAUCAGUAAAUUGCUUGAUGGAGUUUAUGGUGAGCGGUCAAUACCUGAUCAGUGUGGACACGGUUGCUGUUGUGCCAAUGGUAAGAAUGCUCAAAACUCUUUGUUGGGGCCAGAAUUUGUAGACUUCUCCGAGCCUCCCUCGUUUCCAAGUUUUGAAUUGGCUGCAAUCGCCACAGAUAUAAGUAACCUUGCUUGGAUUAAAAGUGGUUUGGAGAACAGCAGUGUAAGAGCAAUGGGUGAUGCAGCUGAUAGAACAGUACCCCAUGAGUCUCAAGGGCAAAUGGGGCAUUUUGAGGAGAGCAGAAUGAAUAAUCUUUUCCGUUUUGAAGAGAGAAAUGAUAGGCUAAUGGGAAUGAAGACCAAUGUGCUAUCAACCUAA